UUAGUCACUUCCUGCUGCUCUCAGGAAUAUAUAAAGCGCUUGAAGUCUUGUCAGACUACCAGUUGUUCUGUCACUGUGGCAACAAGGCUUCCAAACCAACCAGUCAUGAAGGUCCUGAUUGUAGCUUCCCUGUGCGUCGCCGUGGUGCUUGGUCAGACUCGCAUCCCACCGAAACCAACCACUCGCAAGUUGCCUGCUGACAUUCUCAGAGAUUUCCCAGGCGCUUGCUUCGCAUCCACAGCCUGCAGGGUCUUCAAGGUGGGAGAAUCCUGGCCUCUGACUCCCUUCUGCGGCAAAGCCACCUGCGUGAAGGAGGGAGAAAGGCUUCUGGAACAAGUGGAGGACUGCGGAGUCAGACCAAAGGAGACCCCAGGAUGCCGUAUUGCCAACGAAGCUGAUCUCACAAAGGCCUUCCCUGCAUGCUGCCCCGUCUACGAGUGCCAGGAAGGCGCCACUCUGCAGUUCCCAACUGAGGAAGAACUGAAAGCUGCUGCACAAGAGGCUGCUGCAAGGGCAGCAAGUGCUCUCCAGGGCCCCCAGUCUCCCCCUGCCGCCCCUGCAGCAUAAGCACUCGAAACUCACUCGCUUUUUUAAUUUCCGUACACAUGGCAUCAUUAAAUCAUUAAAAAAAACAAUGAACGACAAAAGAUCCUAAGGUGAAGAUUUUAUUGUGAUUUAACUUCUCUUCAACCUGAUUUGAAAGUUUGCAUUUGUUCCUGCACAAAUAUAUUUUCGUAAUGCCACCCAUGUGAUUCUAAAUACCAAAUACAAAUCACUACACAAAUUA